AUGAAGGCUUCCGAACCAACCACAGAGCCACCCGAUGGAGACAACAUGUCCGCCCUCAUUCUUAAAGCUAGACUUCCUAUUGCUAUCGCGCAGGCUUAUAUCGAGUUAAGCAAACAAGCUCUAGCGAUCACCAACAAAAGCGAACUUUUGACAUCGAGCGACGCGUCUGCAGAAACCACGGUCAAAUUCAUCGGCGAUGACGAAAGUCGCGGCCCAAAAAGAAUAUUUUGCUUCUUCGAUCUGCCCUUGGAAGUCCGCCAAAUGAUCUACGAAUAUGUACCGAUUCCACGAAGCAAAACCAUGGAGCCAAGAGGGGGUGUCAGCGAGCUAUUCAAGGUUCAGUACGAAGACUUCACGAAGAAGCCAAAGGACAAAAGGAUCGUCGCAACAAUAUUACAAGAAGAGAGAAAGGCAUUGAAGACUCAAAACAUCUUUUGCGUCUCAAAGCAGAUCAGCAGAGAGGUGCUUCCUAUUCUUUAUGGUCAGAAUUUGUUUGAGAUCGAUUGGUUUGGACACGGUGGGGAGGCUUGUCUGGCGAGGCUUUCUAAGGAUAAUAGACGAAGCAUACGAAGCGUCUGCAUUUUCGCCACAGCGCCCCCAAGCAACAUUAGAAAUACAUACGCACCAAGAACACUCCCGAAAGACGCGAUUUGGUCACCAAUGAUUUCCAAACUGAAAAAACUUCAAAUGGUCUUGGAUCGUGGUAACCUGGAGGACAAGUACAGUUGGUUGUUCUUGGAGGACGGCAAGCUUCUUGAGACAAAAUCAUCUGAUGAGAAGACGCAAAUGUGGUCGCUCUGGAUCAAGAGAUUCCUGGAGUACUUUACUGGGCGUCUGUCUGCCGGCUGUUGCGUCGAGGUAGAUACUUGUGGGUCUGAGCAUACAGCAUCGGUUGUUGCUGAAUGCUUGGGUAGCAAUUAUGUAAAGUUCAACCACCCAUGGCCCGAAAAGAUGGAGUUGACUUUCAAUGAGAGAUUGGAACAUCAUUUUCGCUGA